UCAAACCACUGACUUGAGUCACUUGACGGUCGGCUACGUACUACGAUGUGGUUCGCUACUCUAGCAUAUGUUACAUUGGUAGCUGCCUCAACGCUGCAACCAAUCACUUCCAGCAACAUCAAGAAAAGCACACAUUCCUCCGAGUCCAUCAAUGAGGAAUAUUUUCUUACGACGAACGUCGAGUUUAAUCUAGGAAAAGGAUGGGGAGUGGCGAAAUCGCUGUUUGACAAUCCUUUGAAAAUCACAGAUGCGAUACAUGACACACGAAAGUUCUGGGACAAAAUCAUAGAGCUCAGUCCAAAUGUCAAGGAGUAUGCCGAUGAAUUCUUUCAUCAUGCCGUGGAGUUGUAUCCAUCCGAGAUGCUCACAGAGUUCAGGGAGUCUAUGGUCAAUGUCUCCGCUACCGCUACUGUUUUGUGCAAAGUUUGCGGCGGAGCCGCAGAGGACAGUGGCGUUUCUCUCCACACCAUAAUAGAAGAACAGAAGGAUAUCUUCGUUGUCCUAUUCGAAGACCUUAUGAAGACGUUCCCACCACCUGGGGAGGCUGCCGGUCACGACAACCGUACAAUCAUGAUCAACGCGGCCCUUGACCGCUUCGAGGAAGGUUUUUUAGGGGUCACCACCAAGCUCGGAGUCAGUGAAGAACUAUUGGAAAGUCACACUAGCUCUCUCAAGUUCGUUGUUCAACAUGUUGCCGUGACCAUAGGAGACCUUGCUGAACAGCACCCCGAGAUCGUCAAUGCUCUCUUGCUCAUUGUGAUUGCAGAGUUGUCACCCUUAUUGUUACCUGAGAUGGGUACAUUAUUUGGGGGAUGGCUUCUUCGCCCACUUCUCCACAUGUUUGGAUUUGGACCGCUAGGACCAAUCAAAGGUGGAAUUGCUGCGUGGUUGCAACGUUGGGUAUAUGGUGCCACCAUCCCAAAGGGUGCCUGGUUCGCGGCGCUCCAGCGCCUAGGCAUGAUCGGUAAAAUGCUUUAAGUAUCUUUGAAGUUGUUCGAGUUUCAGCGGUCGUUUGUUUCAUGACAUCGAAACCCCUCGGGGUUUGUUUACGUUGGUACUUUAGAGUCAAUUUUUGGAUACCUUAUUCUAGAUUCCACGUACCUGUGAGCAUGAUUCUUCAUGAAAUCAAGCCUGGUGCUGAGUGCUUGGAUCCAAAUCAGUCAAGCGUCUAUGACCUUGCCUCUUCUUUGGAAGCCUGGGCUGGCUAGGUGAGCUGAUAGUGUGGGCAUAUGAAUCGUGUGGGUUCCG